UUUGAAUGAAAGAGUGAUGACACACAGAUGUGGGGCCCUUAUUGGCCCCUGGAGUGUGGAGGAGGGUCCUAGAGCCUGUCAUUGAGGGACGGACGGAGGGAGAGAGACAAGGAGAGAGAGAGAUUGUUGGAGCAGUAGAGCUGCAGGGAGGAACACACUCAUCGUUUGACGAGGACCCGCGUCUGCACACCAGCAACUUCCAACAUUUUGAGUGUUUUUUUUUCUUCUUCCAGCAUCCAGGAUGAAGCCCAAUAAAAGAGCUUUUGAGGAGGACCAGAACGGAGACACUGAGUUUUCUGCCAUGUCGGACAGCGACCCGUGUGAAGACGACAGUUACCCUCUCAACCUGUCCACCAGCGGCAGAAGAAGCGGGUCUGCCGCCAAACGCCGCCGCCGCGGAAACCUCCCCAAAGAAUCCGUUCAGGUUCUGAGGGACUGGCUGUACGAGCAUCGCUUCAACGCUUAUCCAUCAGAGCAGGAGAAGCUGAGCCUGUCUGGACAGACACAUCUCUCUGUGUCACAGAUCUGUAACUGGUUCAUAAACGCCCGCCGGAGGCUCCUGCCGGACCUGCUCAGGAAAGACGGCAAAGACCCCACUCAGUUUACAAUGUCACGGCGCACUAGCAAACCAGACAGAUCCGCCUCCCCGGAAUGCCCCGCCUCUUCGACCCGCCCCUCUGUCAUCUGCCCCGCCCCCACAUUGGACUUGAGGCUGUUGGGUAACACUGCGACGGCAAUUUUGGCCGGAGCCGGUUGCUUGCCAUCAUCAGGAAACCAAGAUGGCAUUCAGGCUCUGAUGCAGCUGGACACUCGAGGUCUGCUGAGACGGGAAGGCCUAACUGGAGACCAGUACCUGACAACCAUCCCGCUUGCUUCUACCUCUGUCCCAACCCUGGGAGCGGUGAGCCCGACUGGGGUCCCGUUCAACACGCCUCCGCCUACCCCACCGGAGCUUUGCCCUCAAGAUUUCAGCGAUCUGAAGCUUCUGGUGGACGCGGCCCUGCAGCGAGCGGCCGAGCAAGAAAUCAGUCAGCAGAAAGAACAAACGAUGCAGCAGCAACCAAACGGACCUACAAACGAAAGUUCAAGAGCGAUCGCCCAGAAUGGCAAUUCGGAGGUGCCUUCAAGGGACGAAUCCGAUGCUGCACCGAGCUUGAUGGAGAACGCAGUAUUGCCAGUGUCGGUUCCCGUCAUGAGCCAUGCUUUUCCAGGCCUCCCCAUCGAUCUAAGCACCAAUGCGGAAUCUGGAAGCUUUGCGUCUUCUGGGAUGUGGAGCGUCCGACAACCCGGUCCUCCUGCAAAUGUGGUAUCGCACACAUGGGUUUCACAGUACACGCAUAAUACAGUCACGGAAGCGGUUAACUAAAUACUCCAGCAGACCAACUCACUUUAGACUCCUUUUGUUUGCUUAUUUUUGUUGGAAAACUCUUGAGCAGAUGUAAACCUGCCUCCCCAAAUGGUUGUCAUGGAUGUCACUUCAGGGGAUUCAGGAGUGAAGAUUCUCUACACCAAAAUGUAUUUUUUAAGACAUUUUAAAAACGUUUUGAACCUUUUACCUUUUUAACUACAUGAAGUUUAUGGGCAUGCAUAAAAUGCUCUUCGAAAAAUAAUCCAGCAUUUCAGACUCUGGGAUCUUCGAGACCAGGUGGAGGUCCUUUCAGGCGGAAAUAUUUCCAUGUGCAAACUCCAAGCCUGUGCAACUCGGGUUUACAGCCAAGAGAUUUUCACUUAAACGUUUGUAAUUGAAGUGGCCUUGCGUUGUUUUCGAUAAAGAAGCUCCACAUAUAGUUGCUCUUGCCUGUUUGCAUCAGUAUAUCCACUAGGGUUCGACGUAAAUGUGUCAUAUAGCAUGCUUUACUUAUUUGAGAUCUGUGAAUGCAAAGACCAGCAUGCAUUGUUAAAAAAUGAUCAGAGAUUAGCAACCAAAAAUGCUCUCUUGGAUUUAAUACUUUGCUCCGAAUUUGACUGAAAGCCUCAAAAGUUCUACAACCUCAGCUUUGAAAGCCUUUCCCAAUAGUGUUUGUAAUUUGUCAUAUUUCCUGCACUUUAUAGUCUCGUCGUUAUGCCAGGACCGUCUGUCUGGUCUCAGAAUAAGGUCCGAGCGCUCUCUCGUGUGCCGUGAUGUGCGUCUGUCAGGAAACGGAUCGUACUGCAGAGAUCAUCCCUCACGUCUCAUGUCUGUCUGAGAUGCGGGAGGGAGGUCGUCUCAAAGACGGAGCCGGCAUUGAUAUUCUUCACUUCUCAUGUAACGUGAUCGUAGGGCUGUAGCUUUAUUUUUGCUGAAAUGAUUAUUGUUCUGACAAUAUCGUUGGGUGAUGUAGAUGAUCAGCAUUUAUAAUUGUGUUUUACAUAUCUCCGUGUAGAGGGAGACAUCAUAUGGAUGUGUUGGUGAGUAUGAGCGAAUUUAUUGGGAAGACUGAAAGUGUUUUUUGUUUUUACGCUAAAGGAGUUUUGUGCAUUUCCAAGAUGAAUUUAAAGUGUGUUCGUACUUCUCUUGAGAUGAACUGAAGUGCUUCUUUCUUUCUCAUAAUCUGUGAAUGUAUCUAGAGAACUAACAAAUAUUAUUUAGAAACCGAAAAUUCUUUCCAUGAGCUAUUCCCUCAGACUCUUUCUCUUUUUGGACACUAGAGAUCCUAGAUGCAUUAUGAUUUUAUUCUUGUAGUUUCAAUGAAACUGAGAACAUGUACAGAUAGUCAGAUUCAUCUUUAUAACCUUUUAGUAUUUUUAUAAAGCUGUUCACGUUAUUUCAAUUGAUUUUCUCACAAACAUGCCAUAAUUCGGAUUAGUUUGCUUAGGUAAGUUCUCAUUGAGGUCAGUGCAAAGGUUAGAGUUCACGUUCUGUAGUACUGUACAUGUUUCUUGCUGUUUUUCAGUACAUCUCAGGUUUGUUUUCAUUUGACCUUUCCUUCUUGGGUUUGAGUCAUUUUCAUUUCCUUCUCUGACAUCACAAAGGGAGUUUUUAAUUCUAUUCUGUAAGGUGCGUCUUUUUUUUUUUUUUUUUGAAGCCAUGUUUGAGCUGAUUAUGAGAAACCGACUGUCAUAUUGUAGCAUCACAAACUGUAUUACAGAUCUAAUUAACUAACAUUUCAAAACCACUGUGAUCGUUGGGUUACUGGAACAGUGAUAGGUACUGGAAGUAACUAUAUAUUUUUCAUAUAAUAUACUCUAUUUUUCACCUCUUCAGAAAGACCAAUAUUAAUAUUCCUGGAACUGUAUUAUUGAUGUUCUUAUUGCAAAAAGGUUUUUCUAGAUGACAAUGUGAAACAUGUAAAUAUCAUUCAGGUUUUUGUCUGGCAUAGACCUGCUUUUAUUGUGUAUACAUCAAAUAUGCGUAGCUCUCUCCUGUACGACCAAAUACAUGGAUUUUGUUUAAUAUGAUCGUGUGUGUGUGUAUGUAUAACUGAGGACAGUAAAACUGGCAUCUGUGCCUUACCUGCUUCCUUAGAAAACCUUUGGACUAGUCUGUGCAAUAUCUGCCUUAAGAUUUUAUUUGAUGUCCUUUUGUACAAGCAUUACAGAGAAAUAAAGCUUCGUUUUUCAUAGAUUUGUAGUAAUGUUGUGGAGUAAUGGAAAUUGCUUUAUUUUACAGAGCAAAUGUCCAGAAAUGAGUACUGUUGACUUAUGCAUGCACAGAAAUGAUUUUGAGAAUUCACUGUAGUUUGCCACAUGUAAAUACACAUUUUAUAAGCCAGAUAUUCACGGUUUAAUGGGAAAAUACAAGUAGCAGUACCACCAAAAAAAUCAACAUAUCCCAAAUUCUGCGUCUCAGUUAUCAGGAGAAUAUCAGUUUGAAAAAUGAAGGUGACCUUAAGGAAUCUGUCCUUCUGUACUUCCAUUAAUGAUUUCUAAAUACCCAUAAUGUUUUUGAUAUCUGAUAAUAUUGCUCAGUGAGGGGGAGAUACUGAUAAUCCUUUUAAAUACACACGUAAAAAUAACCUUUUCUACAGGUUUAUGGCAUCUCCAAUGUAAUAGUUUCAUUUCUGAGUUGCACAGAUUCCGAACUCAAAGACGUCCAGCCGCAGCUGCAGAGUACAUUGCUUUAUACUGUAGUCCCCCAUAAAAACACAAAAUACACACUGCACAGAUUGUUAGCAAUGCAACCUGGUUGUAUCGAAUGCAUUUAGAG